GGUGACGCUGCGAGCGCCCCGUUUCCCGGCGUCGCGCAUCGCGGUCGUCCCGAUCGGCGAUUUUGCACCGGAAGUUUUUCGUCGGUUGCUGAAGCGUACGGAAGUCGCCGUUGUAUUUGGUUGGAAUUCGCCCGAUCUGUUCGUGCUUGGGUUUAUUAAUGAUUGUGGAAAAGAAAAGUAGCCCAAUAAAUCGUAGAAAAUUCCAGCCCAAUUCUAAUCCAGCAUGUUUGAAGAAUGUUUCGGAAAUGGACCGUUCAUCUUCAGAAUCAACGAAAAUGGAGCAGGUCCUCAAUUACUGACACAGGUUUGCUUAGAGAGAGGAUGGAGAGAGUACUCAGGUGACCACGAAAGUUGGAACCUGUGGUGGAGAACCUCAGGUUUUCCCGUCAGCCACCAUCGAAGCCUGUACGCCUGGCAAUUCUUGAACCACAUUCCCAAAGGCUCGUCGAUAUGCAGAAAGGACAACUUAGUGAGAUAUUUAAGGUGUAUGAAGAAGGUGUACGGAUCGAUUUAUGAUUUCAGCCCGCACGGAUACAAUUUACCUCUAGAAUACACCAAACUGGCAGCGGAGUGCAGCAGAGGAAGGCCGCACAGCAGUAAAGAAGACGUCAAAUACUUCGAGGAGAAGCCUAUUUGGAUAUGCAAACCUGUGGCUCAGAGCCAAGGCCGAGGGAUAUUCCUCUUUAGGAAACUAAGCGAAUUGAACUACGACACGAACACGAUAGUCCAAAGGUACAUCGAGAAGCCGCUGCUGAUCGGCGGUUACAAAUUCGACUUGCGCUUGUACGUGUGCAUUCCCUCGUACCAUCCGGUUACCAUCUACAUGUACAAGGAAGGCUUGGCUCGAUUCGGCACCGAUAAAUUCAGCCUCAACGAUCUUAGGAACCCCUUCAGGCAUCUCACAAAUUCGUCCAUAAACAAACUGGGGCCCGGCUACACCGAAAUGAAGGACAGAGUGGGAUCAGGUUGUAAGUGGAAUUUGCGUCAAUUGCGGCGGUAUUUCCAGCAAACGGGCAUCUCGGACUGGUUGCUUUGGCAGAGGAUUACAUCGCUGGUGAUUCUGACCGUGCUGAGUCAUGUGAAUCAGAUACCUCCUACGGUUAACUGCUUCGAAUUCUUCGGUUUCGAUGUUUUGAUCGACAGUUCUUUGAGACCUUGGUUGUUGGAAGUAAAUUUGAGUCCCGCGCUCAGCAAUGACUGCGACGCCGAUAGGCUAGUGAAGAAGCCUAUGCUGCACGAUAUGUUCGAUUUGCUGGGUUUACCUCUGUACAAUACAGGUCUCUCAGUGUUUGAUAUUUGCAACGAUUGCGAAGAAAACCGAGAAGAUCAAGAGAACAUAGCUUUAAUGAACACGAUUUCGGUGGUGAACGCCGCGGGCAGGUGGAGAAGAAAGCAAAAGAAAAUGUCAGCCGCUAAUUCCAGGACGAAUUCUGCCGUGAGGAUUAGAAAUAGGACCACAUCUGCCAAUAUUCAAAAGACUUACAUGACAUUGCCAAAAGUCCACGUUGAUGUUCGACCAGUAGCUUCACUUAUACACAACGGUACAAAACCAACUUACGAAGAUUCCCGAAAAUCGGAAUCGAAACCUUGGGGUAAUGGAAGGGAUUGGAACUAUCCCAAGCCGAGGGAAGGCGGUUGGGUUAGAGUUUGGCCUUUUGCCUUAGACAUGGCAACCAAAAGCAGCCCUAUAAGUAACGGACAAAUUAAAGCUAUGGUUAAUAAGGUCAUAAAAUUCACGAGGAAAGCGAAGGAAUUGGCGAAGCGUCAUCCGCUGGCGUCCGAAUGCCAGUUGAGCGAGCUCCUGCAAGCCGAGAACGAAAUGACGGGGGACAUUUGGAUACCCCCGUUGUAAAUUACAUGCAUUUUCUGCCGUAUUUUUCAGCAUUCGAACUGCCUGUGCUAUGCCAAAUAAUUUUUACGUCUCCCCAAUAUGCCUUUGCAUGUUGUUAUUUCUCCUAUUCCAAUUUCAAAUGAACUAGUUAAUACAGAACAGUGCUUUGGUACUGUUAGCUUCGACUUUCUCCACGCGCCAAUUGGAGGAAGUGAAAAAGUUUAAACAAAAUUUAGUACGUAAGAAAAGAGUUACGAUCGUUUUAAAUAUCCUUCCGUCCUUGCUGAAAUUCGCGAAAGUUUGCUUAUCCUCAUUGUAAGUGAAAUAAUAA